AAUUGCCUCUUUGUUCAACUCUUGCAAAAAAAAAAAACUUAGACCUGAAAACCGUUUGACGUGUUGGGAUAUUUGUCUGCCAUAGUAGAUGAGGAACCUAAGGCUCAGUUGUGCAAGUUUACAGCGUUGGUAAACUGACCGAGGCAGAAUGCCUCCCAACGGAGCCAACGGGCCCUCUAGGGCUUUCCUCACAGCCGGAGAGGGAGCUUCCAUGUGAAGGUGAAGGACGCUGCAAACUGCGAGGUCACGGACAAAUUUCAGAAAAUGAUGAAAGCCCUAUCCUCGCUAAGCCGGCUUUUCUUCCUCUCUAAAAAAGGGAGUAAUCAUGUCCAUUCUGCAACCUCGAAUGGACCCCACGCGUCAGGCUCUGGCCCCCCCGGGCUGGCCGCCAGCGGGGCUGGCUCUCUGGCUGGCACUGGGGUGUGAGGGCCCUGGCCUCCUGGCGGCUGCAGCCGGGAGCCUGCAGGGCGCGCGCUGAGCGCCGGCGGCGAGCGGCGAGCAGAGGUUCGGGCAGCAGGAGGAGCGUGUGAGCUGUGGGCGUCCCUUUAAGAGCGGCCGUCCGAGCCGGCCUCCGCCUCUCAGUCCGCCGAGCGCCGCCGGUCACCUGAGGCUCUCGGGUCAACCGGCAGGAGGCGGGGCCGGCGAUCUCGCCCGCGGAGCCGAGAGACGGGGCCUGGACGCCAAGUGCCCAGAGCCGACUGCGAGCGUGGCCGGCCGGCGCCCGUCCGCGGCGGAGGAUGCGGGAGCGUAUCUGGGCGCAGCUGCCUAUGCUGCUGCCCUGGCUACUGCUGCCGCCGCCGCUGUGGGGCGGCCCCCCGGACGGCCGGUGCUCGGAGCGCGAGCCCGAGCCCGGGCCUCUGCAGCCCUUCGACCUGCUCUACGCCAGCGGCGUGGCCGCCUACUACAGCGGGGACUACGAGGUGGCCGUGCGCGACCUAGAAGCGGCGCUGCGCAGCCACCGGCGCCUGCGGGAGAUCCGCGCCCGCUGCGCCCGCCACUGCGCCGCGCGCUGCCCGCUCGUGCCCCCCGGCGUUGGCCCAGGGGCCGAGCUGCCCUUCUUCCGCGCCCUGCUUGAGCGGGCGCGCUGCUACCGCAGUUGCCAGAGCCAGCGCCUCGGGGGCCCCGCGUCCCGCCACCGCGCCAGCGAGGAUGUGCGCAGCGACUUCCAGCGCCGAGUGCCCUACAACUACCUGCAGCGGGCCUACAUCAAGCUUAACCAGCUGGAAAAGGCAGUGGAAGCAGCACACACAUUUUUCAUGGCCAACCCUGAGCACAUGGAAAUGCAGCAGAACAUCAAGAAUUACAGAACGAUGGCGGGUGUUGAAGACCUCCAGCUGGUAGAUCGGGAUGCCAAACCACACCUGGAGAGUUACAGUGAAGGAGUUAAACAUUAUGAGGCAGAUGACUUUGAACUAGCUAUCAAGUACUUUGAACAAGCUUUAAGAGAAUAUUUCAAUGAAGAUACAGAGUGCAGAGCCCUGUGUGAGGGGCCUCAGAGAUUUGAGGAAUAUGAGUACUUAGGGUAUAAAGCUGGUCUCUAUGAAGCCAUUGCAGAUCACUAUGUGCAGAUGCUGGUUUGUCAGCAUGAAUGCGUGAGGGAACUUGCCACCCGCCCUGGCCGCCUCUCACCAAUCGAGAACUUUCUUCCCCUACAUUAUGACUACCUGCAGUUUGCCUACUAUCGAGUUGGCGAAUAUGUGAAAGCCUUGGAGUGUGCCAAGGCCUAUCUUCUACUCCAUCCGGAUGACGAGGAUGUCAGAGACAACGUGGAUUACUAUGAGAGUCUGUUGGAUGACAGCAUUGACCCAGCAUCUAUCCAGGCCAGAGAGGAUUUGGCGAUGUUUGUGAAGCAUCAUAAACUGGAAUCAGAACUAAUAAAAUCAGCUGCAGAGGGUCUGGGAUUUUCAUACACUGAGCCGAAUUAUUGGAUUCAAUAUGGAGGACGACAGGAUGAGAAUCAGGUCCCUUCAGGAGUGAAUGUGGAGGGGGCAGAAGUUCACGGACUAUCAGCGCAGAAAAAGUCAUCACCCAAGAUAGACCGAGACCUAAGAGAGGGUGGACCUCUGCUCUAUGAGAACAUCACGUUCGUCUACAACUCCGAGCAGCUGAACGGGACUCAGCGCGUCCUCCUGGAUAACGUCCUGUCAGAAGAACAGUGCCGGGAGCUGCACAGCGUGGCUAGUGGAAUCAUGCUUGUUGGUGAUGGAUACAGAGGAAAAACUUCACCCCAUACACCCAAUGAAAAGUUUGAAGGUGCAACCGUCCUGAGAGCACUCAAAUUUGGUUAUGAAGGCCGAGUCUCCCUGAAGAGUGCCCGUCUGUUUUAUGACAUCAGCGAGAAGGCUCGAAAGAUUGUCGAAUCCUAUUUCAUGCUGAACUCAACCCUGUAUUUUUCCUAUACACACAUGGUCUGCCGCACAGCCCUGUCUGGUCAACAGGAUAGAAGAAAUGACCUGAGUCAUCCCAUCCAUGCUGACAACUGCCUGUUGGAUCCAGAGGCCAAUGAAUGCUGGAAGGAGCCUCCUGCUUACACAUUCCGGGACUACAGUGCUCUCCUAUAUAUGAAUGAUGACUUUGAAGGAGGCGAAUUCAUAUUCACUGAGAUGGAUGCCAAAACUGUGACCGCCUCUAUAAAACCAAAGUGUGGGCGUAUGAUCAGCUUCUCAUCUGGAGGAGAGAACCCGCAUGGGGUGAAGGCAGUCACCAAGGGCCAGAGGUGUGCUGUGGCUCUGUGGUUUACCUUGGACCCACUCUACAGAGAAUUGCUACUUCAAGUAAAGAACAGGCACGAAGGCAUCGUGGGACCUCCGCUGACUACACAGAGUCAAGAUUCCUGGAGAACGUUCCAUUUGCCUUCGCUGUUUAGCAUUGCGGUCACUAAGUGUUUCACAACAUCCCAGGAGACGGGACCGUUAUUCACACAGAGGGAAAAAGAAACCCAGAGUAGAUGAAUAAAUUGACUUAAAGUCAUAGUAUUGAUAGAUGUCAGUUUCCCAAAUAAAAAAAACAAGCGGUUGUACUCUCUAAGGUUGUUUUGCAGUUCUGAUCAUUUUUUAUGAAAAGCUAGGAGGCGGGAGGAAUUACCAUGAACUGAUCUGAUUCUAGGUCUCCCCACUCCCCCAUACCUUCUGGAAAUCCAGAAGGAGGCUCCUGUCUUCAGCAAGAUGGUUGCUACCACUGCUCUGAGGGUACCAGGUCUGAUUCCAGCUCUGUUCCAGCAUACUCCGGUUUCCUUAUGAGGAACGCUCUGAAUUUCUCUGAACUUCCAAGCUGCAGGGCUGAGCACAGGGUACAGAUUUUUCUCCCAGUCGUUUGGCUUCUGAGUAAUGGUUUUUUUGUCUCUAAGGGUAAUAAAAGUACAUCUGAUGCUGCUCCCUGUACCAUGAACUUUGCUUUGAAGCACCAUUGAUCCACUUCAAAGGCUGAGCACCACUCGGACAGGGAGAUGCUGUUCCUGGGGACCCCGCUCUACCGAGGUGUGCCCACCAACCCGGGACACACUGCCCACCAAAACACUUAAAGACCGGGGGUCAGACAUGUCAAAUGUGACAGAUUGGCAUGCUGCAACUUCAAACUGCUCUACCUUCGGAACCAGCCUAGAAUACCCAUCAUGCUUUGAACUCUAUGGGGAAAUGAAAUGCAUCGUUUACAUGCAGACGGAUUUACAAAUUAAGUAGAAAAAUAUCUCAGUCCUCAAAGCCGAGCAUAGAGUGCUUGUGGUGUUCAGUCCACAUUGAACUGUUCAAACCUGGUUAGACUGGGGAGAUCAAGCCUGUGGUGGAAACACAAGGGAGAAUCAUGGUCACAAUAAGGCUUCGUAUUUAUAGUUCAGCAAAUGAAGAUCGCUGCAAAUAACAGACUGCAAGUUGGAAGGGGCCUUAGGGAGCAUCUGGUCUUACACCCCUUAUUUUAGAGUUGGGGAAACUGAGGCCCAGAGAAGAGGUUAUUCACUUGAUUUUACUACGAACGUUACUGGUAGAAUCUGAGCUUAAGUCCCAGGUAGCCCCAUCCCUGGAGUCAGUAUACAAUAGCAGGGAAGGCUCAGAUUUUAUGCCUCCUAGACUUGGAAACCCUUGCUGAUUUUACUAGCUCUCUGAUAAUGGCCAAAUUUCUCAUCCUCUCAUUUUCAAUGUCUUCAUCUGUAAAGGGCUAGUGAUAGCUAUCUGAUGAGUUGUCAUGAGAUUUAAUUGAGAUAAUAGAAAGAAAACACAAAGCACUUAGCAGGCCAUCAUUAAAAGGCAAUUGUUAAUUUUUCCAUAUCAGAAUGCCUCAACAGAAGGAAAACCAACUAUGAUCUCUCUAGCAAUGUUUUCCAGCUCUCAUGACAUUUUUUUUUAAAUGCAUUUUCCCAUGAAGCAUUUUGGAAUCUUCAAAGUUAAUUUUCACACUAUUAGAUUUAAGAUUUAUCUCUGGCCCCAAAUAACACACUUAUUUCUGGGACAGGGGCACAGGAGAGGGGAAAUUUGUUGUACAAAAUCGAGAGGGUAUUUCAAUUCCAAACUGACUGUCAAUCAUCAGUCUAGAAAGGAGAUGGCCGCCUUUCCUGCAGCCACCUUAUCUGGCCCUUCUGACUUCCUAGCCUCCCCGAGACCAGGACAAUUCAAUGGCUUUUCCUGGUCCUCUCUGUCUCAGCAUGUUGAGAAGCACAACAAUUUUCAUCUACUCCUUUCACUAAACAUUCUCUCACUUGCUUUUCCACCGUGUAGGAAACACAGAAUCAUCGUUUAGCAGCAGAGGGCACUGUCGGCAUAUUUUGCCUUAAGGGGUUAAAAAAAGAGAUGCCUCUGUGCAUUCAUUCAUUCAUUCAUUCAUGUUGACAAGUCAUGGCUUAAUAUCUGUUGUGUGUUCGGUAUUAGGAGGGGUGCUAAAGUAACACAAGAGGUGGACUGAGAGUCCAGGUUGGGAAGGCUGCACAAUAAAAGAUAAGCAUGGUACCUAUGCAAACACAAAGGAAGUGUGUUUUGGAGAUUUUUGAAGAGAGCAGAGUUUACAGUAGGCUUAAAUAGCUCAGGAAGAAUUUUUUUUUUUUUUUUUUUUUUUUUUUUUGCGGUACU